AUGGAUUAUGCGGGUUUUUUCAUGCUAAAAGAAUCAAAAUUGCGUAACCGAAAAUUGAUAAAGGCUUACUUGUGCUUAUUUGUUUGUCUAGCUACCAGAGCUGUGCAUUUAGAGGUGGUCACAGACCUUUCCUCGCAAGGGUUUUUGGCAAUGCUUAAACGAUUCGUUGCCCGCCGCGGUUUAUGUCAACAUUUGUACUCCGACAAUGGAACCAAUUUUAUUGGAGCGAGCGGUGAGCUACAAGAAAUUUAUAAACUAUCUAAAUCUAACGAAUUUAAAACUUAUGCCAAAAAUAAUAUGAUCUACUUUCAUUUUAUACCUGCUGGCUCUUCGCAUUUUGGAGGUUUAUGGGAGAGUGCGGUUAAGUCUUUUAAGCACCACUUGCGGCGUAUGGUUUCUGAGAAAAAAACCCUCACUUAUGAAGAGUUUUACACCUUCGUGGUUCAGGUGGAGGCGGUCUUGAACUCCCGUCCUCUCUUGCCUAUGACUGACGACCCGAACGAUCUGGAAACGCUUACCCCUGGCCAUUUCCUGAUUGGUCAUCCCCUUAACCUCGUACCCGACCUUGAUCUUCAAUCAACACCGAUGAACCGCCUUACGAGAUACCAAAUAUUGCAAUCCAUGGUUCAACAUCUUUGGCGCAGAUGGUCCACUCAGUAUCUACAUACUCUUCACGAGCGCUCUAAAUGGCAAUUCAAAACCAAUACAGAAAAUCUCCUAGGAUCAUUAGUGCUCCUGAAGGACGAAAAUAAUCCUCCCUCCAAAUGGUCGAUAGCCCGAAUCGUCGCUUUACACCCUGGAAAGGAUGACAUCACACGUGUUGUUAUUGUACGCACCUCAAAUUGUAACAUUUUAAAACGCAGCAUAGUAAUUUGUGGUUAA